AUGACGUCUGGAAAGGCUCAGUCAUCUGGACAAGCGAAUAUCACCACUGCAUGGAACUUCUCUGACUGGAUCCUCAGACCAGAGGACGUAUUCAGAGUUCCAGCUUUUUCUCCGACGAUUUGUUUGUGGCGCUGCAAAACCUUAGCAGCCAGUAUGAUGUACGCAUUUGUAAAAAUUGACUCAAGAAUUGUGAUGAAAAUCGGGAACACCAAUACACGGGGUCCGACAAGUGACCACAGUCCCACUGAGCGGGCAUUCAUCCACGAUCAGACGGAUACCAGCUCCUCAAAUGAUGCUGUUCGACACUGA